CGAUAUUGUUUCGCCGGCACGCGCGGUGGACAACUUCAGAAUUUACACGGAAUUUAACCACGACGUGAUCCAUCAUUUAAAACCAAUUCAUGUUGUUUUCUUUUAUCAAACAUCCUUGAGUUGGUACCAGUUUAGUACGAGGAAGUGACCGCAGCGGAUCGCGGAAGGUGGUUGUGGGUUCUGACGUGAACCAGAACAUGACGUACUUCAAAUAUUUUUCAACACACUCGCAACACUGGCGGUCAGUUCAAGUUAUGAAGACGGACGCUUCGACAGAAUUUUGAGUUCUAAGGAAGUUUGCUCACUGUCAACGAAUACCGAUAUAGACAGCGACUGGGAUUCUCUUGCGCUUUGCAAUUGAUGGGAAAAUGUGCUAAGUUGAGAAGAUUGGUGGAUUGUCACAAGAAAUGGCGGGAUUCAAUUGGAUACUUUUACUGUUCGUGUCGUCUACUUGGACGUGUUGCGUGCGGGGAUCGCUGGAACCAAGUAGUCCUACUUCGUCUCAGAGUACAGCCGUUGGUUGCAGUGAUGCAGAGGUCUAUCUAAAGCAAGACUGGGACACAUUCACUUCCUGUUGCAAGGCGCUAUAUCCCAACCAAACAUGUCCCAUAGCUUGUCCGUGCCGAAACGGGGCCGAAUGCUCGCCGAACAACCGAACCUGCGCCUGCAAACCGGGAUGGGUCGGCCCCCAGUGUCAAAGGUCAUGUCGGGACAGUGAUAAUCACACAUACGGUCCGGGCUGUAAGCGGAGCUGCCGCUGUGGUCCGGACGCUACGUGCGAACCGAUAACCGGCGUCUGCGAAUGCGUCCAUCCUGAAAAUUGUACAGCGCGUUGCUCUAGAAAUCGUUAUGGUCCAACAUGUCGUCAAAAGUGCCGAUGUAAGAAGACGGGCGAGUGUGAUCAAGUGACCGGGGCAUGUAUCGUGACAGAUGGCUCACCGUCGAGCUGCGGCUGUUUGAACGGCGGAACCUGCCGAUCUCACGGUAAGCCGUGCCGGUGCCCGGCCGCUUGGACGGGCCGUCUUUGCGACGUUCCUUGCCCGUCGGGAUACUACGGAGAUGACUGCUCGAUUCAGUGUGAGUGCGGAGACAACUCGACUUGCAGCCGGUCGACCGGGCUGUGUGAAUGUACGACUGGAAACAAGUACUCGUGUGUGGGCCGGUGUCCGGAGGGACUGUGCGGUCCGCGGUGCUGGGACGAAUGCAGAUGCCCGGCCGGUCUGGUGUGUCACCAGUGGACGGGAGAUUGCGAAUGUCGGACAGGCGAUUGCACCAACAAUCUGAUUGGAGCAGCAACAGGCCUAGAUAUAAGCACAGCUACUGUCACCACACCACGUACGACCCAACCUACGCCACUAGAGACUAACGCCACAACUGGUACGCUUCCCCCACCCACUUCAACCACCGCCCUGUCUUCACUUCACACCAAGCAGAAAACAACGGUCAUCCCCACAUCAACCGACGGGUCAACGACACGACACGCGGCCGGGAAAAGCGACGACCGGCCGGCGGCGACGGGCGAGACCGGCCCGGUAGCGGAUGGGUCGCCGCAGCGGAGCGACGAUGACGCAGCCAAGCCAGCGGGAAAUGGGUUCUAUCCGACGGCGCCGUUUUGGGGUGUGGUGGGUACCAUCGCGGUGUUGCUCCUGGUCGUCGUCGUAUUGCUGUUACUCAUACUAAAGCGACAAGUGUCAUCGUCCCGAUUGGCAUUGACACGGCAACCGAAGAUUUGCCGGCAAGACAACGUUUACGAAACAGUGGAGGAUCUGGGCAAAGGCGCAGCUAUCGAACAAGUUAUCAAGACACCUCCACCGCUACCAGACAUGUUUCAACGAGGAGGCAGCACGAGAUCUAGCGUGCACAGCUACCACCACAGGCCGUUAUCCGUGCAUUCACCACUGCCGACCAUGGACGCCCCACUGCCGGCCAGCGUGGCGGCCAUGGUGUGCAACUACGGUGGUGGCCCGCCGGUACCGGGCGGUACAUCGCGCCGGAGUCUCAUGGCCGAGUGGCGUCCCCACGGAGUGCGGGACUCGCAAUCAAAUCUUAUAGAUGACCCCAAGACCCAGAAUCGCAGUGGCAAAGCGCUGAGCUGUAUCUACAACGGUGGUAUUAUGAUCGAGGAUGAUUACGCAGAUCCUUUUGAUACGAUCGCACCGACCGGUAACACGGGGAACCGACCAGCUGGCUACUUACCGAUGAUUCUAGGACAAGACCAAAGACGGAGCCAAUCCCCGGUUCCGAGGAGCAGGACACCGCCAAACCUCUCACGGGGAAGUUCUCCUGUGACAGUACCUAGGAGUGACUCUCCCAUGGGGGUUCAACGAUGCGAUUCUCCAAUGGCGGUACAACGAUCUGAUUCCCCGAUGACGGUUCAACGAUCCGAUUCCCCGAUGACGGUUCAACGCUGCGAGUCCCCGAUGUCUACCCAGCGAAGCUCGUCUCUCAUGAACGUCCAACAAAGGUCUGCCUCCCCCAUGACUGUUCACCAAAGUGAACCCAAUUUGCAUCUCCAGCAGACUGACUCCAACAUGAACUUCCAUCCCAGUAACUCUUCUGUAGAUCUCCGUAAGGGAUUCAUGGGAAGUCCAUCCAGCUCUCCUCAGAGACAGAGUGCAUCCGGAUCCCCAAGCUUCGAUCCAUUUUACUUUACCCUCGAGCAGGGAGCCAAGCCAGACAGCCCCAAGGGUCCUGAUGAUGAUUACGAUGAGCUGGAGCCACAGUCACCCAUCAACUCUCCAGCAGGAGGGUUACCAUUCGACGGCCGGUCUGCAUCAUCUCGUACAAGCAGCGAGCGCUCCAGGGCGUCAUCUCAUGCUUCGUCUCGAGGCUCCCUCUCCGCCAACUCCCCCACCUUAGCGUCUUCCUUCGGCUCUAGCCCGCGCGAUGCCGAGAUGUUCGCGGUGUUAGACCGCAGACCGGAGACACCCAUCAGGCCGGAUCUGCCGCGGCGACUUGUGUCCAGCAACGUGUACGCGUCCUGCGGGCCUCCCAAGACGUCCUCCACACCGGCGGACGAUGGGAUCUACUCCAGGUUGAACAGGACCCCAUCCCAACGGAUGGAGCUACCGACCGCUCCGCGUGGAGUAGCGGACCUGGACAUGAGUACCUACGGUAGGCUGCAGCGUAGCUACUCGGCCAAAAUUCCCGCCCGUAACACCACCGAUGGCCCGUACGGGAAGCUUCCCCAGCGUAGCAGGUCAGCGAUGGUUAAGAGUCAUCAAAACGUGAGCGGAUCGGCGUCGGCCGUGGAUUGCGAAGCGGGAGAAUGGGUGCCUGCCGAACUGCACCCACGCCUCGGGCCCCGGAGAACCAAACCGCCUAACGUGACGGAACCACGGAAGAAAUCUCGCUGGAGUAUCAAGGGCAAGCUGGGCAAAAAAUCGCCAGCGGAGAUGGAUUUUGACUGCCCAUCAUCGACGGCAACUCUGCCCUACCCUGGUGAUUGGUAGGGACAGUAACAAUGCUCGCGCGGUGGUUUAAUGAAGCAAACAAAUUCUCACUGCUCAGUAGAGCUUUGCUAAGCGAGAGGGUGGCGAGUGAAGUGGUGUGGUGGGCAAGAGCUCAAAACCAUUUGUCAUUUUAACACUGACACCAAAUUUAAACAAGUUAUACUUUAAGUAUUUUUUAUAUUAAGAAAAAUCCUCUUUCUGAGACAGAUUCCGGGCGAAAUUGAAACGUCAGGAGCUCCAUCUUUUGUGAUAAUUUUCGUACUUAAGCAUUCCAUCAAAUUUCAAAGUAACCGUGCGUAUGAAUACUUUCCCCACAGAAAGAUGAGUGGCGUGGUUUAAACAACUUCCUUUUGACUUUGGAUAUUUUAAUAAUUAUACUCUACCCAUAAUCCAGACAUUAUUUUAAGAACUUAACAUAAAAUACAAUAACUUAUACGAAUACGAUAAACACUUUGAGGUAUAUACCUGUAUAGGGAAAGGUUUCAAGAUAAGGUAUAGUGCCUAUGCGUUGGAAAAAGACUAGCCUCUUUUGAGGGAAUCCAAUAUGUCUUGAAGAAUUUUUUUAACCGGACUAUCAGGGCUUAUGAAAAAGAGGACUCUACACCAUCCGAUCUCAUUGUUUAACUAUACUUUUCUAGAAAAUGCCUGUAUCAUAACUUGAACUCUUUGUAGCGUUUGGAGUAAGAGUUAGGAUAAAAUAAGGUUAACAAGAUAAUUGUCAGCAACCGGACGGAAUAUGGUAACGUCCGUUAGAUCGGGAGCAGAUGGAGAGGUUUCCGUUAUUUGGCGGUGUAGCGGAAAACCACAUCAAGCUGAAGGAGGAAGUCUGCCUUAUGCAUACCAUCCAAGAGAACCAUGUACUUUUACUGUAUGGAUAUUUAAUAACGACCUUGUAUACGUGUUUUUGCAAAAGGCAUGGAAGGUUUUGAAAACAUAGACCUUGUCUCCGGUUCGGCUUGAGAAUACAGUUUUACGAUGUUUGGCCCUUGACCUGGAGAUUUAUGUUCAAGAUUGGAUCUAUUUUCUGUCACUGAUCAUAGAAUCUAAUAGUCUGUCGCCAAACAUAAUAAUGUUCAUUCGGUUCGAGGAAUAAAUGCUCCUGAAUAAUUCAAGAACCGGAGACGAACCGAAGCCGAACGCAGACGAAGCACAGGUUGAGAAAAUUGCUUUGACAUUUUUGGAUACUAAACAUUGUGUACAUAACGUUUGAGACGAAGGUGUGGCCAUUGAAAGCGCAUUCGACGACUGUUUCCUUUCAUCUUGGAUGAGAGUUCUUCAUAAGAUGAAAACUCCUCCAUGCUCGGACCGCCUGCGCAUACUGCACAAGGAACUAACGGUUUCCUUCUAAUACUCGUGCAUACUGUUUUGGGAGAGGUUGGUUGAUUUCGAGAAAUAGAUUUGAGACAUAUAAUUUAUUAAAAGAAUACUAUUCUGGUUCGGGACUGCAAAGAUUGAAAUUUAAUUGUCGAGGCGUAAGAUAUCUCUCCAUUUUUAAGGGGAGGGGCGAUGAAUAAGUUCACUGAAUCUUGUAUAAUACUGAAUAACUAUUUUGUUGCCUUUUUGUGAUACUUUAUCAAGAUUGUAAAAGACCUAAGCCUAUUUUCAGUAAAGAUUUACUUGUUGGAAAACCCUUUAUAUUAUUGUAGAAUUUCUGCAUAUUUGGUUAUCUAGAGCUACUCUAUAUGUGACAAAGACAAACUAACAAAAAUAGCAAGAAAUGUUCAAUGCAUUUUUAAACAGCAUCCGCUGCUUUAUUUCAAGUAUAUAUUUUCAUACUUCUCUUCCAAAAGGAAUAAGCUAUACUCACAACUAUACCAUAAAUAUAGGAAUUCACAAUAUUUCCUAAAAGCCUGUACACUGAAUACAUAUUAUUUAUAAUAGUCACUCGCAUAUAAAAUAGACGCUUUGCAUUACAAAAGAUUAGGAUUGUAAAUAAUAAUAAUAACGUACACGCUGCUUUUUUGUAUAUAUCUUGUAAUAAAAAAAAAUGGAAUUUAAAAAAUAAAAGUUUUUGAAUACAAAUAUACAAGAAUAGUUGCAGCCAACUUUAAUGCUGUUUAUAUAAAUAUAAUUUAAAUAUGCCGGUGGAAUUUUCAUUCAUCUGAAAAGAAUACAAACAUUUUUUCUUUAAAU